UUCAGAUGCAGAUAUUUUUGCCGAGGUAAGCUGGAGCGGAGAGGACGAGACACCGAACAGAGCUGCGAGAACGUCUGUAAGAGUGAAGAUUUCUACAACUCUCAUCCAAGGCAGACCAUGUAUUUUGACUUUUUCUAGCAUUUUCCUUCUCCAUCGCUCUCCGCCUCGGAUCUGUGCAAGCAAUAAUAAUUAUGACACGCCGACCAAAAAUAUCUUCGAUACACUAUGAAUGGACUUACGAUGUCUUCCUCAAUUUUAGAGGUGAAGAUACUCGUCAUAGUUUCAUAGGAACUCUAAAUAAAGAGCUCAAUCGAAAGGGAGUUCACACCUUCUUUGAUGACAAAGAAAUAGGAAUAGGGGAUGAAAUUACACCAACGCUUCUCAAAGCAAUCCGGGAAUCUAGGAUGGCCAUUACUGUAUUUUCCAAGGAGUAUGCUUCCUCAACAUUUUGCCUAAACGAACUAGUCCAAAUCCAUCAAUGUAUCAAGAAAAACGGUCGACUGGUUUGGCCAAUCUUUUAUGAUGUGGAGCCUUCUGAAGUACGACAUCAAAGAGGAAAAUAUGGACAAGCACUAGCUACACAUCGACAAAACUCAAGGGCUGAUGAAGAAAAAAUGAAAAGUUGGAAGCAUGCACUACAUGAAAUAGCUGAUCUUAAAGGUUCAUCAUGUGAUCCAAGGAAAGAUUACGAACAUGUACUCAUUGAAGAUACUGUGGAUCACCUCUUUAGGAUAAUUAGAAGGGCCCCCCUUGAUGUUGCGGAAUAUCCAGUUGGUUUAAAUUCUCGCUUGCAAAAAAUAAACUCUCUAUUGCAACUGGGGUCAAAUGAUGAGGUUAUCAUGAUGGGAAUUUAUGGAACUGGGGGAAUGGGUAAAACAACAAUAACACGUGCAGUGUAUAAUACAAUUGCUGAUAAUUUUGAUUAUUUGUGCUUUCUUGAUGAUAUCAAAGGAGGAUCUGGAAAACAUGGCCUAGAACAAGAGCAAGCCAGGAUGCUUUCAAAACUCUUAGGAGAGAAGAUAGAAAUUGAAGAGAUUAGUCAAGGAGUUAAGCUCAUAAAGCGAAUGCUCAAAGAUAAGAAAGUUCUUUUGAUUCUUGAUAAUGUAGAUGAACGAAUGCAGUUACGAAAGUUAGCUGGGGCAUGUGAAUGGUUUGGUUGGGGGAGCAGGAUCAUUAUAACAACACGAGAUUUACAUUUACUCAAGAGUCAUGGGGUUGAAAGAAUAUAUGAAAUGGAGGGAUUAAAUCAUGAAGAGUCUCUUGAAUUGUUAAGUUGGAAUGCCUUUGGGAAGAUGCAAGUUGAUGCUCCAAGGUACACAGAAGUUGUGAAUGAGGUGAUAAGUUAUUCCAGUGGUCUUCCCUUGGCCCUUGAAAUAUUAAGCCGUGAUUUGUAUGGUAAGAAUGUAAAUGAGUGGAAAUCUAUGUUGGAUGGAUGUAAAAGAAUCCCUCAUGGUAAGAUUCAACAAAUAUUAGAAGUAAGCUAUGAAGGCUUACAACAACUUGAAAAAGAAGUUUUUCUUGAUAUUGCUUGCUUCGACAAAGGUAGUGAAUUGGAAUAUGUCAAAAAGAUGGUAGCAAUUGCUCAUGAUUUUGACCCAGAUUAUCAUAUUGGAGUGUUGGUAGACAAAUGUCUCAUAAAGAUUUAUGGGGGCUGUCUUAUUCAAAUGCACGAUCUGGUACAAGAUAUGGGGAGAGACAUCGUUCGUCUACAAUCACCAAAAGAUCCAGGAAAACGCAGUAGGCUAUGGUCAAAUAAAGAUAUCUUGCGUGUUUUGGAGAGAAAUGAGAAAGAUAAUACUUAG